UACUUUCACACUUGAGCCAUUUGACAUGUCUCUACUCAAUUGCUUGAUUCAUUUCACAUGAUGGGUCGUGCCAGAAAUUCAAUGAUUCUAUUCCAUGUGUUUGACGUUGUUGGAUAUUGAGUUGAUUCAUCCAUAAAAACACCACAUCGCUAGUGCAAAAAGACAACAUAGCGGUUUUGAAGCUGUAAAAUAUCCUAAAAAAACCUUGGGAUUAAAGGGCAUAAAGUACGGCCUUGAUCCUCCGCUUCCGCACUUGUUUUGUGAUCAAUUGCAACAGUUAUCAAGUGAAGCUUUUUUUUCUGGCAAUAUAUAUAGGAGAGAUCAGAAGUGAUUGAAGCCAAGUAAUGGAGAGUCAAACAGAGAAGGUCUACGUCGCCAUUGGAACCGAUCUGCAAGAUGGUUUUGGGACCUUGCAAUGGGUACUGAGAAAGUGGUCUUCUCAUUCAAUAUCCAUAGUUAUUCUCCAUGCAACUAAUAACACAUCCAGAGAAUAUGUUAACACCCCAUUUGGAAAACUCCCUGCUACUUCUGUGAAUGAUGUGCAAUUGGAAGAUCUUAGGAAGUCUGAGCAAGGGAAGAUUGACAAGAUAUUGUCCAAAUACAUAGCUUUUUGUGGCAAGGUCAAAGUCGAAAUUCUAAAAAUCGAUAGAAAUGAUGAAGCCAUUCAUAAGAACAUAGUUGAAUUGAUAUCAGAACUUCGGAUAACGAAAUUAGUUUUGGGAUUUACAAUCAUGAAGGCCUCAUCAUGGAAAUCUAGGGGUGCAAUCAGUGGAUCAUUUUAUGUUCACCAGAACAAACCCAAUUUCUGUGAGUUGUACAUAAUAAUUGGAGGGAAAUUGGUUUCCCUAAGAGAAGAAAACAAUGAAUGGCUUAUUGAGGAUGAUCAAGGAUUCGUGGUUGCUAAGGUUAGAGAAAAGAAUGGUUUCAAAGGUUGGCUAGGAAAAAUGUUUCCAGAAAGUGCUGCUAAUAAAAAAAAUCCCUAUGGUUCACCAUCUUCAUCAACAAGGAAUGAUUCACCUGAUCGGUGGGAGAAGUGCGUUGAAGAGAUUGAAAAUUAUUUCAACCAUUUGCAGUCUUCGAAUUCAGAAGAAGAUGAUGCUGUGGUGGUGAGCGACAUCCUGCAGAGCUCUUCCACAGAUUCCGAUUUGCCGGAAAAUAUGAGUGUUGCAGAAAAAAUAGAAGUACUGAAGAUCAAAAUAGGCAAAGCUCAAGAGAGAAUCCAGUUGAAGAGAAGUGAAGCUAAAAGCAAUAUGGAAAGACAUUCAAAAGCCCAAUGGGCAAUUUCUAUAUCCACUCAUCGGGCUGAGGAACUUGAAGGUCGUAUAAAUGAAGAGAUAGCAAGGCGGGUUGAUCUAAACAAAGAAAUAGACUCUACAAAAGAAGAACUGCAUGAAGUGCAGAGUGAAGUCGAAGAAAAGAAGAGCAAAUUCAAUUCAAUCGUACAACUCCAACACGAGCUCUCAAACAAACUCCAAUUAUCCUCAUUGGCAAAAUCGCGUGCUGAGACUCAACUAGAGAAAGCAGUGAGAACAAGAGCUGAGAUGGUUCCAGAGAUUGAGAAAUUGAGAAAGCAACGGGAUGUCUUGCAACGUAGGAUCGAGUUCUGCAGAGAAAAAGAUGCAAUUGGAAUGGCUACAAGGUUGAGUGACUUGGGCUUUAGUUAUAAAGAAUUUACGGCUGCAGAGAUUAGAGUAGCCACAAACAAUUUCUCUGAUGGUCUGAGGUUGGAAUCGGCGGGGAAUUGGACCAACGUGUAUAGAGCGCGGAUCAAAAAUGUUGCAGUUGCAAUCAAACUGUAUGAUUCAGUAAAUGAACUGUCUCAAGAAGCUUUUCAAGCCAAGGUGAAGCUCCUCAGCCACAUUCGGCAUCCCAAUAUAGUCGCCAUGAUCGGGUUUUGCUCUGAGCUAAAAUGCAUUGUGUAUGAAUACAUGAACCAUGGUUGCUUAAGAGACACAUUAUUCUCAUCAUCCAGAAGCUCUAAAAGAAGAAGCCAGGGUCUCCAUUGGCAUGCUCGGAUACGAAUUGCAGCCGAAGUUUCCUCGGGCCUAGGAUUCCUUCACCAGGCCCAACCCAGGCCCAUUGUUCACGGCAGCCUCAACCCCUCCAAAAUCCUUCUUGAUCGCCAUAAUGUCGGAAAAAUCAAUGGUUUUAGUCUUGGUUGGUGCCAUGGUGAAGUUGAUGUGUGGUCAGAUAUAAGAGCACUAGGGAAUGUAAUACUACAGCUUCUGACUGGGCGGAAUUGGGCCGGGCUUGUUGAAGAGAUCAUAUUGAUGAUGGACCAUUCAACCCUCAUUGGGGUCUUAGAUCCGAUGGCUGGAGAAUGGCCAUUGGAUUUGACAGUGGAGCUUGCCGGAAUAGCUGUCAAAUGCUUGUCCAUUGAACAAGCGAUAGACAAGGAGUCGACGAUGAAGACAGUGAUGAGAGAGAUAAAAAUGGCAAAGAAGAAGGCCGAUAAUCUGGUGGCGAGCAGAGAAUGUCCUGUGGAGAUUGAAGGAGGUGCUGGUAUGGAGGACUCCAGCAAUGUACCAAGUGUUUUCAUAUGCCCCAUUUUCCAGAAGACAAAAGAAGAAGUCAAGGAAGAAGACUUACUUGUGUCGCUUGCUAAAGAAGACGAUCAAGACGGCAAGGAGGAUAGAUAGGUUAAAGGUUUUGGAAAGAAGACGAAUUAGUGUUUUAAUAAGAUUGUGAAAUAUUUUGGAUUAUAAUUGUCAUAUUUUAUAUAUUAUUAAAGAUGAUUUUAUUAAGCACUUUCAGUUUUC